AUGGAGCCGCGAUGGCGGGGUGGCCGCCUCUCGGCGGAGCAGGUGGCAGACCUGCGCACUGAACUGGGGCGUCUAGUUGAGGCGCUCGCGGUCGCGUUUCCGGCAGGCAGAGCAGCAGAGGAAGGCAGCGAGACGGAGGACGUUGCUGCUGACGUGCAUCAAGCGAAAAGCAAGGCACACACCUCGAGUAGCGCGCCGCUCAGGGACCCGCUGGCGGAAGAGGCGGCCGCGCUGCUUCUGAAGCCGUUCGAAGAGAUGCACCUCUCCGGCUACCGGCUUGGCGAUGCCGCGCUCACGUCCCCGAGCCUGCCCGACCUACCGUCCUUUCUCUCCGUUGUGUCUCGGCACACGCGGCUCCGCGUGCUGGAUCUGAGCUUCAACAGCCUGACGCCGCAGGUGCUGACGCCCCUCCUCCAAGCCAUUCGUGGUUUGCCGUUGCUGACGGUGCUGAAGCUCAGCGGCAACAUGCUCGGAUCGGCGCGCAGCGACGACGACAAGGACAGCCUCGGCGAGAAAUGGGACCUGUCCACGGUGAGUGUCGAUGAAGAGCUCGGAGAUGCCGCGACGGCGGCUGCACGGCUUGGCCGUUAUCUCGCCACAGACCCGGCGCUGCGGGAGUUGGCACUGUUUCACUGCGGUCUGAACGAUCACGACGUGCGCGAGCUGCUCUCCGGCCUCGUUCACCCUCGCAACACGACCUUGCACACGAUGCAGCUCUCCUGGAACCCGGCGUGCACCUCGCGCAGUGCGGCGAUGGCCCUGCAGCUGGUCACGGACCUCGGAAACACCACCCUGUGCGAGCUGGAGCUGGAGGGCGUGGCGCCGGCGACACAGGUGCGCCUUGAGUACGCGUGCACCUCCGACGGCGUCUUCCGCUCCGGUCACACUCUCAUCCCGGAGAGCGUGAGUGCAGGGGAGGCGACCGGCGAUGGCGACGGCGAUAACAGCGGCAACACGGGCACGACGAACGCAAGUGCGGCAACUGCCGACGUGGUGAGUCUUGAGCAGCUUCGGCAGCAGCAGCAGCAACUCGCCGAGAUCCGGAAGCGCCUCACGCCUGCCAAAGGGGCCCGCUACGAGAACCGCUGCCGCUACCUCGCCGAGGACUUGGAUGGGUCACGUGCGUUGACUCCGUUGGUGAUGCGAGAGCUGGAGGCGGUGCUGUCCAUCCGGCUGCCUCCGCAGCCGCGCAUCGACGAGCCCCACGGCGCGAGCGAGUUGAACGUCGCCGCCUUCGCAGAACGGGAGAUGGCUUCUGCCUCUGCUGCUAGCACGGGAACACACAACCAAGACGGCAGCGGAGAGCUCCUCAUGCCCGCUACGGCGGGGGAGUGCGGCGGCAGCGACCCUCACAGUGGCCGUGCCGCGCCGUCUCCAGUGGCCGCCGGCCACCAGCAGCGGUCCUUCGAGGUUGUUGCUGCAAUGGCUGGCGAUCAUGCGACAAGUGUUGCGCCACCCCCGCGGGCAACGGAUGCGCCGCGCCCACGCACGUCUCCCCCGAUGCACCUGCACCGUCGGCGGCUCACCUCCACGGUGAACACGAGCAGCGUCACCAGGCCCGCGUCGGGGCAACACUCUGUGCAGCAGCCGCAGCACCCUCGCACACCACAAGAGCUGCGUGAUGCUCGCUUCGAAACACCGCAGCGCCUCGCCGCCGUGAUGGCCGACGCCGCGGCAUUCCGCCGUCGCCUGCAGCCUGUGAAGCUUGACACUCACGCGCCGCCAUGCGCCGAGGUCAGUCGAUACCGCAGCGUCGCGCACAGCGCAUCGGCGACGAAAAUUAAACCCCUGUGGUACGCCGACGACGGCUUCGUGCUGCGUCCGAAUGGGAUGUCGAGGGUGCUCGUUGCGCCGGUGCUCCCUGGUGGCGCGACGGCCUUCGCAAACGUGGCACUGGAGGACGUGGAAGACCGCCCCCUGCAGCCCUGCUGGUGCACGCCGCGCCAGUCGUCCCCGAUGACCGGCAUCUACGCUGGCACGCUGCACUACCACUGCGUGCACGAGGCAACGGCACAGCAACAGAAGCGGCAGUACGGCACAUCCUCGUCGCCACCGUCAUCGACGGCUGCGACGCCGGCGGACCCCAACGCGUCCAAGAGCCGGCUGCCGUUGCUGCUUCCUCAGCCCUCGCAGCAGCCGCAGCAGCAGCAGCCCAGCACGGCUGAGAUGUACUGUGGAUGCCAGGGCACAGGCCAUCUCUGCCUCUCCGCGUGCGUGGCCUCGGAGGAGGCGGGCGCUGGUCGGCCCCGCGAUCGCAUGCGGUCGACGCUGCACGUAAAGGCUGCCAAGUCCGUGGGCAAGUCUGCAGUGGGCGGCUGUGGCGCGUCACCGUCUCGCAAGCCACACAGCACACGCGAGCGCUUCCUCGACUGGACGGGCACCGACAGCGAUGCUGUCAACACCCUCCUGGGCACCGUUCCAGCAGCGACACCACCGGCGCUGCGUGUGAGCACUGUGCGCACGACAUGCGGUGGUCUCUCGAUCGCGCUCAACUACAACCCGGUGACCCAUUUCUCCGCGCCGCACGUGAGCUGCGCAUCAAGCAUGACGCUGGCGGAGUUCUAG